AGAGUUACAGUCAUCAUUUGCUGCUACUGCUCUGUUAGAAAAAAUCAUUGAGCUCCGAGGAGUGCACGAACAGCUGUAAGCAGCUCAUUGGCGCAGAUUUUGUUCGAUUCGUUUCGAGGGGAGCUUCGUGUUUGGACGAUGGUUUUCGUGAGCGUAAGAAGAUUCUUGCUCGUUGGACUAUGCGUUUACCGUGUCGGGGCGCUACUGGACUUCUCCUUCGGAUCUCCGUCCCUGCUUCACCCCGUCGUUCAGAGUGCAGCGUACGUUCCCGCGCUUAGUCAUUACCAGACCCACAUCCGGCACGGACCCACCUUCCGCCAGAUUGGAGCUACUCGACCCGACUGGUUCGACCCCACGAUUCCAGCGUUUCAAACGACCCUUUACGCGCCCGCACUCCAACACGCCGCCCAUUUCGGACCGCUGGACUCCGGACUCGCCCGGAGCUUUCGCCAGGAUAUUCCGUUGGUGAACACGCUCCUCACUCCUACCGUGGCUUCUGUGGUCGGCGGGCCAGCGUCGGAGAUCCAUCCCGCAAUUCGGAACGCUCUUCCGUACACCCCGGCUGUCAUACAUGCUCCGUCGGUGGUGGAGUUGGGACACGAAUCAGAUCAUCUAGUUUCCAUCACAGGCGAUUCCGGAGUUUCUUCAGUUAUAUCGACGAGACACCUAAGCUCGCUGAUUCCGGCGUCCUUCUAUGGACAUAGUUACGGUGGCGCCGCGCUUUACGACGUCCGGAAAAAGUCCUGA